AUGAAAAAAUUAUUUUUUAAUUAUGUAAUUGCAAUAUUUAUGUUGCAUUUUCUUUACGUGAAUGGAGAAAACGACAUCAGCAACACAUUUUUUAAAUUUGAUAGUUGUGAAGCCGAAUCAACAUUUCCAAACAUAGGUGAUAAUGGACUUCCUCAGUAUGGAGCGGAUAAUGCUUUGACAAGAGGUUCAGGUUACUGGUGUUCCGAAGGGAAACAUAAUCCUAAUGAUGUAAUUUCAUGGAUAGGACAUUUAAAAAAUGUUAGAUCACUAAAUGGGGUUAUAAUACACUGGGCUUAUUCCCCUGGGGAAGUUUCAAUUAUGGCUAGCUAUGACGGGAAUGAUUCAUAUGAAGAAGUCGUCCCAUAUCAAACUAUAGAAUCUCGAGCCGGAAAUGUCGUCCAAAACAUCAUAUUCAACCAUGUGAUUAGAGCAAAAUCGAUUAAAAUAAAUAUGAGGCAUCCUGUGCAUGAAUAUUUUGGAAUUAACUUUGUAAAUGUGCUAGGCUCUAGAGAUCCCACUUUGAGAAUACAAGGUGGUAUGUCUAGUUUAACUCAAGAUUUGUGUUUACAAAUAAGUGAAACAAAUAAUGUGGUUUUAGGGGGAUGCAUAACUUCUAUGUCUUAUUUAGAUGGAAGAGACUUAUGGAAAUUAAAUUCCAGUAACCAAAUAUAUAAUCCGAUAAAUAAUUUAUGUAUGAGUUUAAAAAAUAAUAUGAUAGCUAAUGGAGGAGAAAUACUAAUGGAAGAUUGUAAUAGCAGUUUAGAGCAUAAUGAUGGACGAAGUAGUUGGCAAUUGUUACCAAAUAAUCAAUUAAAAAUAUUAAGAGAUGGAAAUUUUUGUUUAACUCAAGAUGGAUCAAAAUCUGGUAGUGUCGAUAUAGCAUUACAUAAACAAGCAACGUCUUCUUUAUCAAGAAAAGAUCAAAAAUAUUCACCAGAAAAAGCAUUAGAUGGCAAUUUAGAUACAUUUUGGUUAUCUGAAUCAUUCGAUAUAGAAACAGUACCUGAUGCAGUAUAUUUUGACAUUAAUUUAGGAAGUAAAUAUAAAUUAGAAAAGUCUAUAAUUUAUUGGAAAUAUCCCGCUACAAAAUAUGCAAUUUAUUUAAGUAAUGAUGGAGAAAACUAUAAAGAAAUUAGUAGCAAUUUAGCAAAUUUUUUAAGAAGUACAAUAAAUGAUUUACAUAUUACAGAAGCUCAAUAUGUUAGAAUAAAAUUAAUGAGUCCAAAUCCUGAAUUUUCUGAAGGUGAUGAAGAAGACUUAUUUUAUGGUAUAAAAAAAGUAUCAAUAUAUACAAAUAGAAUAAAAUCUAUAGUUGAUGACUGUGAUAAAGUAAAGGAUUCGGAUGAUGCAAGAGACAAAUACUUUUUUGAAUUUGUUUCUGAAGUUAAUAUAGAGGAAGGGAAAGAAUUAAAAAGUAUAGACACCAAAUUACAAAAAUAUGCAGAAAAAAUUCAAACUGAAGCAAUAAAAAUACAAAAAUUAAAUCCUCAGUUAAAAAAAUGUAAAAGUAAUAAAGAAAAAAGGCAUACUGAUAUUAUGAAUAUAAAAAAUGUUAUACUUAAAAACAUAUAUGAUGUAAUUAAUAAAACUGAAAAUAUAUUAAAAAGUAAUACAUUUAGUUCAUAUUAUUCAACAUCUACAAGCGAAAUAGGGCAAACACCAGACAACCCAGCAUAUAGUUGUUUCCAUUUAAAAAGUAUAUUACCUAGUUCUUCUUCUGGUUUUUAUUAUGUAUUACCAACAUGCUCUCAAAAUGUGUUAAGAGUAUUUUGCGAUAUGAAAAUUGGAAGUAUGUAUUAUAUUCCAUCAAUAGAUACUAACAUAAUUAACAAAAUAAAAGAUGUCGAAAAUAUUUGUGCAUUAUAUGGCUUAAAUCCUAUACAUUUAAAUGAUCAAAGUCAAGUAUAUGCAUUAAAAAAUUUAUUCCAUUUGAUGAAUAUAAAUAUAAAUAAUCCAGUACCUUUAGCUAUUAUUAAAAAUGAUAUAAAAAAUGAUUUCUAUUCUUUAGAUUUUCAAGAGAACGUUGAUAAUAUUAUAUCAAAAUUUGGAACACCGAUAGGUAAUACAUUUGGAAUUAAUAAUAAUGGGGUAAUAUUUUUUGAUUCAUCUAAUUCUGAAAUGUCUGGAUUUGUUUGUUCAGAUAAUAUAAAUUCAAUUAAUCCCCCUCCACCAUUUAUCAAUUUAAAUUGUGAUACCACUCUAAAACAAGCUAUUGAAAUCGAAAAAAUUGUUGGAAAUGAAUAUUUAUUUAAAUGCCCUUAUGAUUGUUUAAAAAGAAACACUGAAGCAAUGGUUAUUGGAGGAGAAGGAAACAUAUAUUCUGAAGAUAGUUCCAUUUGUUUGUCAUCUAUACAUGCUGGAGUUUAUGAUAAGCAUUAUUUAAUUAAUCUCAGAAUUUUAAAUGCUCUAGGUGAAUAUGAAGGUGUAUAUCAAAAUGGUAUUAUAUCAGAUAGUUAUAUAAAUGAUAGCCAAGAAGUAGCGUUUAAGGUUUUUAGGGUACCUCCAAAAUGUCCUAACAAUGCUGCACCCAUUGAAUCAUUUUCCUUUCUGCAAACUACGCCUGUUUCUAUAGGAAAUAUUGAUAAAACGGAUAGUAUUGAAAGCAAUGGCCAUCCCCUUAUGGAAAAUAUUUACAUUGAUUCAUCAACUGCAGACGCAAUAAAUGACCUUGUGACUGUUGUUAAUAAGCAAGUUGGGAGCAGUGAUCCGACUUUUUUAGCUUUAAUAAACAAACAAGUAAUUACAAUAGUUUCUAAUUCUAGAAGAUACUUAAAGCCAACUGAAAAUUUUGAAAAAAAUAUAGAACUAUUAUCUAAUGAAACAUUAAAAGAUGUUCAAAAAAUAUCCCAUAAAAUAAAAUUAUUAUCUUCACGAAUAACAUCUGAAUUGGAUAAAAUAAAAUAUAAAUUACAAGGAUUAACAGAUGAAAGACUUAGACAAAUAGAAUUUGAAUCGUGGGGAUUAGAAAAUGUAGUAGAUGAUGAUAUAUACACCACAUUUGAAAUUGUUAACAUGCUAGAUGCACAACUAAGUAGUACUGGUGGAGGAAAAUGGAACUUGCUCGAUAAACCAUUAGAAGAAGGGAUGAGUGGAAAAGUACUAACUCAAAAUGCACGCAUUCAUGAUAAUAUAAGCGAUUCGAAUAAUUCAUUUUAUGGUACUUAUGCUUUUUUAAGAUAUAAAUUAUUUUAUGAUUUUGUUUUUUCAACAUAUGUGCAUGUAAAGGGAACUGGGUCCGUAGGUAUAAUAUUCAGGGCAUAUGAUAAAUAUAAUUAUUACAUGCUAGAAUUGAAUAAUGGUAUAAAUGGAUAUAAAAGAUUAUUAAAAUUUGAAAAUAACGAACCAACCGAGUUAGCUAUCAUAAAUGAUACAGGUUUUGACGAUAAUAUAUGGUUUGGUAUAAGAAUUGAAUGUACGCACUCAAAAAUAAAAAUAAGUACUAUUAAAACAAAUAAACCAAUAUAUGAUUUACCAACUCCAGAUAUUGUAGUAAAUGAUGAUUUCAAUGCUGCUGGUACUAUAGGGUUUUAUACAUAUGGUAUUGAUUCUGUUGAAUUUGCUAAAUCAGUUGUUGAAUCUGUUGAAUGUUUGACAAAAGAAAAUUAUGUUAAAAACAAAAAUAACAUACCAUUAAUUUGCAAUAUAUAUGAAGAAUUUUAUGUUGGAAAAUUCAAUAAAUCGUAUUUAUCAUUUGAUGGGGCAAACGAAAAUAAAGAAUUAUCAAAUUGGAAUUAUGCAAAUAAUAUAGGGAAUGAAAAGCGUGUCAUAUUAUACGCAUCAGAUGCAUAUGGACAAAAAAAACAGAAGGAAAAAUACUCGUACCAAAAUGAUAGUCCAUCAUCAUAUAUAAUUUUACAAAAAAAAAUAUGUUCUGCUGGUGUAUUUAAUUUUUCUGUAUAUCCACAAUGUAAUAAUAAUGGAACUGUAGGAGCCAUCAUUAAAUUUUUAGAUCCUAAUAAUUAUACUAUAUUAGAUAUUGGAUUCAAUUUUACUAGAUUAAGACAAAAUAUUAAUGGAAAUUUUCAUUUAUUAGGUGAAUCUAUUGUUUCUGGAUAUAAAGAAAACACAUGGAAUAUAGUAACGAUAUCAUUUAGCUCAACAAAUGUUAACGUUAGUAUGGGAAAUGGAUUAACGACAUAUCCCAUUUUUAGUUUAAUAGGUUUAGAUUUAUUUAAAGGAGAUCAAAUUGGUUUAGCUUCAUACAAUUGUAAUAAUGUUUCUUUUAGUAAUAUAUUUAUACACCCAUUUGAGUUUAAGCAAUAUAGUCCAACCCCAUCAGUUGGGAUUGAAAGUAUGGUGCCCAUAUUUUCAAAAAUAAGACAAGAUACAAUACGCCCAGAAGUAUUAGGAAAUGAUAAAUCACUAAAUUAUAAUAGGGAUAAUAAUCAAAACGAUGAACUAGAGCAAGAUGAAGAUAAUUCCAAUACUAAACACACUGAAAUCGAAAAACAUUCCUUUCAUCUAAAUCAAGAUAAAAUUGAUAAUGAAAAUGAACAAAAUAAUAUUUAUUACUGUUCUACACAUAAAGAUAUUGUUAGCAGAGAAGCAUUUUGUAAUAAAAACAAUAUAGAAGACAGCAAUUGUACAAAUAAUUUUUGUAAAAGUUGUUGUGAUAAUAUACAAGGGGAAAUGAAUGAAGCAGAUACAAAUACAUGCAUACAAGCAUGCGAAAAGUUAGAUCAAAAUGUUUUAGAAACAUCGGAAGUACUCAAUUUCCUUAAAAAUUCAUGUAUUGAAUCUUCCAAUGAAGAAUUAAAAAAAGCAUGUGAACAUGACGAUGACGUAGAUCAAUGUGUAACUGAUAUGUGCCAAAUGUGUUGUCAAUCUAUAAUUAUACCUGAAAAUUUACUCACUUCAAGCAUUAAACUAAGUCCAUUGAUAAACCAAUGUAUAUUAGAAUGUGAAUAA